CUACGGCCUGUCUAUGAAUGUUGCUACAUAGUCCUUACGGCGCUAGUCAUUACUAUGGACGUAACCACGGCAAUUCGUGACCAUCGUUCUUUGGUGAAAAAAAUACGUUUUGGAAUAUUGUAUAUGAGUUCGACAGUCGACUUGUGUGGACUUCACCGGAACUAAACAGAGUGAAGGUGAAGGAGAAUGAGCUCCUCCCUGUGCUCCUGGAGGAAUUGCCCCACCUUCACAUCUCCCCCCAUGCCCUGGGUCAGAUGUGGGAGCAGCAGAUGCAGCAGGUGGACCGACUGCACGCCCCGUCGUCCCCUCACGGCCAGCGCCGCAGCAAACUCUCCAGCCAGGUGGAGGAAGCCCAGAGGAAACAUGACCUGCUUGUGGAGAUCAUCCGCAAAGAGCAGGACCACAACAGGCGCCUGAGGGACUUCAAAGAGCGGAUCCAGCAGCAGAAGUCGACCCAGAACAGACUGAGGGAACAGAGGCAGCAGAUAGCACGCGCCAAGAAGUACCACAGCGACUACCAUGUCCAGCACCGUGCCCGCCUGAUGAGGGCGCGCACCAAGGAGGAGAGGUGGCCAAGUAUUUGGUGUCUGCCCAACCACCGUGUAACACUGAACAUGACUAACUUGGCAAGCCUGACCAGAUCAAGUCCAUGGAGAACUACUACAAGGACCAAUUUUCACUACUAGUUGAAAAACUUGCCCAAGAGCGGCAGGAGAUCCAGGUUCGGAAAAAAGCUCAAGAAAAGGCUCCGCUGAAGAUGAAGAGAGAGCUGUGGCCGGGUUGGGACGCAGAGGUCAAGCGUUCGAAUCCGACCUGUGACAAUUUCCUGCAUGUCUUCCCCUCUCUCUCCCCCCUUUCU